UAAAUCUGUUUAUAGUUAUCAUCUUCAGAUCUUCUAAUAUAUAAAAUUUGAUUUAAAACCCUGGUCGAUUUAGUUUUAAUAUGAUUAGUAUAUUGUGGUAUUAUUUUCUUUUAGAAAUGAUAUUUAAAACAGAAUAUGAUUUCAGUGAAAUGAUUUUUUUUUUUUUUUGCAAAAUGCAAGUACACAAAUAAAAAGUAAGAAAUAGUGAAAGGAAGUGAAUGGAUUUCUUUCUUUAUGAAAUUCACAUAAAGUAAAAUAGCUAAAGCAUAACAAGACUGGUAAAUUUUAGGCUUUAGUUGUUUGUCGUUAAUAAAAUACUUUUCUGUUUUUAGUUUUUUAUUUUUCAAAAACCAUUUUGUUAUUCAAUCAAGAUUUUUGAAAACAAAUUCUUCAAAAUUUAGUACUAGAUUUUAUAACUAUGUAUGAUUUUUACAGUAUUGGUUAUGUAAAUAAGUUAUUUUUAUUUUCUUCAUAUUAUAGUUUUCAUAUAUAUGUUUCCUAGAAAGAGUUUCUCUAAUCAGUAUAAAAUGCUCUUUCUCUAUCCCAUUUUCAAUAUCAAAAAUUUCUGCAAUCAAAUAAUCAUUGUAUUAACAUAACCCUCUUCUUCUUUUUUUUCAUAAAUCAUGGCAAAAUUAGUUUGUUCGUGUCUGUUAAUCUCCAUGCUUGUUCUUUCUGCAUUUUUGGCUUUGCCAAGUGCAGAUGGAGCGGAGAUAAGAAGGUGUAGUGUGGUGUUGAACCUAAGCAAGCCAUGCACUUUUCAAGAAUGCCAACCACUUUGUAUUCAGAAGUACAAGGGGACUGGCGUUUGUCUCGGAGAUAACAUUAAGAACUCUAAAUGCAAUUGUGAAUAUAAUUGCUAAGCUUUAUUAUUAUAUAUAUAAUAUGAUGUUAAACUAGACACAAAAUCUUUAUUAUCACAUGAAUAAUUAUCUCUUUUUUUUUGUAAUAUAAACCUUGCGGUAAAAUACU